AUGGCGCUUUUUCUUAUUAUUGUCCUGGCAUUUGUAUCCGCCGUUAAUGCCGCGGCGCUUACAGCGAACUAUCCCAUCAAUUCGCAAUUACCUCCAGUUGCGCGAGUCUCCCAGCUCUUUCGAUUUGUGUUCGCCGGUAGCACGUUCGCCAACUCAGACUCAGACACCAAGUAUUCACUCUCAAAUGCUCCAUCGUGGCUGUCAGUGGACAGUGGCAGUCGCACACUUUCUGGAACUCCAGAAUCCGGCGACACGGGCGCUAAGACGUUCAAACUGAACGCAUCUAAGGGAUCGGAGUCGGACAGCAUGGAUGUUACCCUUAUUAUAACUGCAGACGAGGGACCCACCGAGGGAAAGCCUCUUAUACAACAGCUCGAAGCUAUCGGCCCAGUAUCCUACCCAUCUACGCUUUUCAUUCACCCCGGACGCCCAUUUGCGAUUGAAUUCGACUCGGUCACUUUUCAGAAUACUCAUCCUUCAACGAUAUACUAUGGCACUUCACCUAAUAAUGCCCCACUGCCAUCGUGGAUUAGCUUCGAUCCUGCUGCUCUCAAAUUCGUUGGAAAUACACCACCUUUUCCAGGAUCCGGGUCACAGGCUUUUACAUUCCAACUCAUUGCAUCGGACGUGGCAGGAUAUAGCGCCGCUAAUAUGACCUUCCAACUUGUGAUCGGCCCUCAUAUACUUGCAUUCAAUGAAACGGUGCAGGUAUUCAACCUCACCAGAGGCGACAAGUUUACCAGCCCAGACUUCCAAAGUUUACUCUCCCUGGACGGUUCGCCGGUUUCGAGCUCAGACAUGACGAAGAUCGAGGCUAAUCUGCCUGAUUGGUUGUCCAUCGAUAAUAAGACGCUUUCCCUGAGUGGCACACCUCCAAAGAAUGCUAUCAAUCAGAAUAUCACUCUUACAAUCACCGACAGCUACUACGAUCAGGCGGAUCUUAUGGUGCGCUUGGAUUUCCUGGAGCUAUUCCUUGAGUCUGUUGAGGGUUGCGAAGCAACUAUUGGCGAGGACUUUGAGUUCGUUUUCAACCAAUUCACUGUAACGGACAACUCAGUGCAGCUCGAUGUCAGUCUACCUGAAGACCUAUCAUCAUGGUUGACCUACUUCCCGGAUAAUAAAACGCUAUAUGGCCAUGUGCCGUCCGGUAUGAAGCCGCAGAAGUUCAACAUGUCUUUGACAGCGCACCAGGGCAAUACAGAGGAUGCGCAUAAUUUCGAACUAGAUGUGCUCGAACCAGCUGAUACUCAUUCGAGCUCUGGGGAUCCAUUCUCGGACCAGUCUGGUCACUCUCAUAAGAAGGCCGGGGUGAUAGCCAUAUCAGUGGUGAUCCCAGUUGUGGUAAUCUUAAGCUUGAUGAUUCUCUUUCUCUGCUGGCGUCGCCGAAGAAAGACUAUUACCGUGGAAGAGGGCGAUGCGCAGGGCAAAUCACCACCGCCGCGUCCUGCAAGGCCCGAUAUGCCCAACUGCCAGCCUGGCGGUACUGAAAGGGCCAUACGAGACGACAACUCCGAAGACUGGGUGAGCAAUAUCUCUCCUACCUCGGAUCUUCCCAAGUUGGAACUCGGACCUACGUGGAAUGUUGCAUCAUUCGAGAAGCCACAGGAUUCGAUGGAGCCUAUUCCAGCACCCAACCCACCACCACGGUCUCCCAAGCGAAGUGCCUUUGUGCCACUGCGAGAUUCUAUCAUUGAGGAAGACAAACCGCUUGCGCGGUCUCCUGGCAAGAAACAAAGUAAUCGUCUCUCCCAUACAAACAGUCCUCCGGUACGGCGUCGCCGUUCUACCAGACGUGAGCCGUUGAAGACAAUACAACCUCGGGCGAUGAAGCGCGAGUCCGUGCAGUCAUCUCGUUCCAAACGAUACUCGAAGCGAUCCAGCGGAAUUUCCUCCGUUGCCUCUGGGUUACCAGUGCGUCUAAGCGGCGCUGGUCAUGGUGCUGGUGGAUUCGGUCCUCUUGGCCAUGGGGUGGUCCACAUGUCAUGGCAAAACAAAAGAGGGUCAAUGAUGAGCGAUGAGAACAGCAUGAUGAACAUUGCACCACUAUUUCCUCGACCCCCUGCCGCCGGCCGAAUGAGACAUAGCAUAACAUCCAGUAUCCCCGAAAAGCGAGUUACACUACGUGCUGUGGAACCUGAUGAAUCUACCAUCUCGGAAGCCGACUCCCUAGAGGCAUUCGUGCACAGUCGAGCAAAGCACCGCAACUCCGCCAACCCACUUUUUUCUGCUCAGAUCAGCCGUCGCACUUCUUCUGGUCUCCGUGCGCUGGACCGUGCACGCAGCAUCCGGAGCCGCGCAGACACGGUAUCUGUAUCAACAUUCACCGAUGAAUACCGACAAUCUAUUCAAGAACGCCCUCACUCUACUGCACUUUCUGUUUCUGAAUACGGGGAUGAGAACCGCAUGUCUCAUUACCAGACCGUUCAGCCACCCCACAACCUGUUCCCAUUGGCUGAAGGAGGCAGUCAGAGUCAGCUGAGCUUGGCGCAAGAUUACCGCGGUGUCAUCUCUCCUCUUCCUCGAUUCUGGAGUGAGAAUAGCUUGAGCAGUGCUCGGCAUGUGGACUCUGGGAAUUACUCGAAGCCCGGUGAGGGAUCAGCUAUGCAUCUUAGCUCAUCCAUUGUUUCUGAUCUUGAUGAGCAUCUUUCGAGGAAGGCUAGUCCUCACAAGAACUCGAAUAAUCCGUUCUUGAACCCAACACUGGCCCGGCCAUCCCCGAUUCGCGAUUUGAGUCAUCGAGGGCUUCCUGUUGCUAGCAGUGGGGAGUUAGCAUUUGUUUAG